CGCAUCCAAAGUGCCUGAAUCUGUAAAAGAAAGAGAAUUGGCUUUUUAUGAGCUAUUUUACUCUAAAAUUUUGAAAAUGUUUAUGCUAAAAUCCCUAGGGAAAUACAUAUGGGGAAAUUCAACUUCAAGUGAAAUUGUGCAAAUUCCAUAUGGCCAAUUGUAUUCUGUUCAUAAUGAUUUUAGAGAGUGCAUGUUUAAAGAUGCUAGUGCUUCCAUUCGAAGAUCAACAGCAGAAUACCAAUAUCAGCUGGUAAUUCAGAGAGCAUAUGAAGAAGGUGAAGAAGUAUUAGAAGGAGAUGGAUCUGAUGAGGUUGAGGAUGAGCAAGCCUUUUUAUUAGAUGAACGAUUGAAUUUACGAUUUGAAGUCAAAAAGGAUGGUAUUUCGAUGAUGUGGGAUAAUCCAGAAUUUCAAGAUGGUACUUUGUAUGAAUUUACGUGCGAAGAAGGCUUGCAAGAAGGAGUGGCAUAUACAUUUGAAAUGGUUGCGUUGCAAUGCAUGUAUGAACGAAAAUACCGCCAACCUCACAGCAAAGCUACACUUGCAGACUUGGAACAAUUCAGUGUUCCUAUCAAACGUCCGCAUUCAUCCAAUGAUAGUUUGGAGAACAUAAUUACAAAGCUAGAUCUGAAAUCCGAAGACUUAGCUCGUCGUAAGUCUCGACAGCUUACUCAGGACGAAUUAGAUGAAUUAGCAGCCCAGGAGUUUAUAACUUCAAAGCCACAAGCUUCCGAAGUGCAACAUUCCCGCGAAGCCAGUGAACGACUUGAAAACAAGCAACACACCCCAAAAGUCGUAGACUUGGAAAAAGAAAUUUCAAAAGAAGGGAAAACGGAGCUGGGAACAGAAGAGAUUGAUGGAGAAGAAGAAACAGAAGAUUCUUUUGAAGGAGAAUUAAUGGGUUUUGUACACGCCGAGCUUUAUUUAUUUGACUCUUUGGAAGAAAUAUUCGUUCUACAAAGUAAAGAUGCAGAAGCCUGUAUUUACGAUCUUGGAGACUGGAAUUACUGGUUUACGCUCACAUCCAAAGAGCGGAAAUGGCUGAAGCAAUCGGUAGAAUCAAAAAUGAAUCCAGUAUUUUCCUUCGAACAUCUUUCUUUUAUCUGGAAUUAUUAUGAUGAAAUUGGAACAGCAUUUUCAUGGUUAUUACGGUUUUCAAAUCAGGAAGAGAUGGAUAAAUUCCAGAAGAUUCUUAUGCGAGCUUUAUGGGAAAAUUUGAAUCAACAAAAAUGGCUCAAAAUAAAAGAUGAUGAGCGGGAGUAUGUUCGGGAUGCAUUUUAUGAGGACGAUGAAAUGCCCGAUGCAGAAUCUGAAGAAGAUGAAGAAGCUAUGCGGCGUCAGUUGCAAUUGGGAGACUCAGAAGAGGAAAGCGAAUAUGAAACUCGCGAUUCUUUUACCGAAUUUAGUGAAAGUGAGGAAAGUGAAAUUGAUGAAUCGAGGUGGAGAAAAGAGACCGAGAACGAGAAAAAUAGUAUACUGGCGGUCGGAUACAAAAAUGAUCGUUCUUAUGUCGCACGUAAUAAUAGGAUUGGGGUAUUUAAGCACGUGGAUGAUGGCUUAAAAUUCGAUACGUCUAUAAAUAAUCUGUCUAAGCCGAACGGUAAACCUCUGCAACCUAGCAAGAUUUUGUUGCACAAUCAAGAUUCCUCCAUCGUAUUUCAGACGGAAGAUUCCCCUCACCAUUUAUACCAUAUGGACGUGGAAUAUGGUAAAGUGGUAGACGAAUGGAAAAUCCACGAAGAUGUACCCUUAGUGGCCAUGGCUCCUGACAACAAGUUUGCCCAGAUGACUGCAGAAAAGACAUUGGUGGGUUUGUCCAAUAACUCCAUUUUCCGUAUUGAUCCUCGAGUAGAAGGAAAUAAGUUAGUGGCAGAGGAGUUUAAGCAGUAUGCUACCCGCAAUCACUUUAGUACAGCGGCUACUACCGAAAAAGGCUACAUUGCCGUUGCCAGCGACAAGGGUGAUAUCCGAUUGUUCGAUAGGCUAGGUAUUAAUGCCAAAACAGCUUUGCCUGCCUUGGGUGAACCUAUCAUUGGUAUUGAUGUCACAGCUGACGGAAAUUGGGUUCUCGCGACUUGCAAAACCUAUCUGUUGUUAAUUGAUGCUCGAAUCAAAGAAGGACGCAAUGCAGGCAAACUAGGUUUUGAACGUAGCUUUAACAAAGACAGCAAGCCAAAACCGAAGCGUCUGCAACUAAGUCCACAACAUGUCGCAAUGAUGCAAGGUGAGUUAGAAGGAGGUGUAUCAUUUACAACAGCAAAAUUUAAUACAGGAAUUGAUGCUCAAGAAACAUCCAUUAUAUCGAGCGUUGGUCCUUAUUUAAUCAGCUGGAACUUGGAUUUUGUCAAGCGGGGCAAGACAGACAAAUACAAAAUUCGUCGCUACCAAGCCAACAUUCAAGCAGAAGAUUUUCGCUUCGGUACGGAUAAAAAUAUGAUUGUUGCUUUACCCAACGAUGUUACCAUGAUUGACAAGUCUUCUUUGCGCAGGCCUACGCGAGCAUCUAUAUGUACACCAGCAUCCAAAUUACCCUCCCGCAGCAACAUUGUGAACGAGCCUUACUAAAGAAAAUACGAAAGAAACGCAGACAAAAACUGUUUGAUUAUUGUUUGUUUCCUGAUGAAUUGCUUGUUUUUGAUUUCUUAGAUGAAAAAUUUUGCACACAGAGAAGACCACGACUAAUUAAGAAUAUCUUUGUUAAUUUAAUAGCAUUUGUGAGAUUUUAGAUAGACAAAUAUAAUAUGUAUAUUUAUAUAUUAGUACGCUAUACUACUUCAC